AUGAUGUCAUCCACCUCUCCAGUGGCCUCGUCCUCCACGCGGAUGAUAGCAGCCGCUGUUGAGAGAGUUUCAGCAAUAGUCACACUGAUCGCACUUGAAACGUUUCUCAUUCUUGUGGGUCUUCUGGUGUUGGAUGAGAGCGUAUCGCUCAUGAAACACAGCAUCACAGAUGUGCAUCUUCAUGGUGCCGCUCUGAGUGAAGCGAGCGUGGCAGAUGUAGCACUCAUACGGCUUCUCACCUGCACCAGAGAGGAGGGUGUUUGCAACGGUGCCUCAGCAACAGAGCCAAGGCAACAGAGCUCCACGGCAACAGCGUGCCGUGUCUCCCCAAUGGAGCUGCCAUUGGGCGGACCAGCGCUCAGGCACUACACCCAGAGCAGACCGAGACCACACCGACAAAAACUGAACUAUCGUCCCAGUAGACCGCAGGAGACAAUAAUUGAGAGUGAAAAUGAAGUCCUUGAGCUCAUGGGGCGAGUGGAUGAAGGAGUUGAAGAGUUCUUUACUAAGAGAGUACUUCCUGCUGAUACACUGAAAAAGCAAGAUGAGGAAUCUAUCACAGUGCACGAAGUGGCUCCUGCCAGCUCUGCCCCUUGUCCGCCCCCAACAAAAACCCUCAGGAGGAAGCUCGGUGAUUUCUUUACACUCAGAAAGAGGCGAGGUCUGAAAUCAGAGACGAGCCAUGAGGGGCGACCCAAAAAGGCCUCCAUUGCCGAUCUCAUUCGCCCUCUCAGGGAGGUCGCCAGAGCCGAGAAAGAAAAAGAUAAAGAGAGAGUCAAGGAACAUGAUAAGGAGAACGAAAAGGAGAAAGCGAAAGAACAUCCCGGCGCUGUCACUGGAGAAUCAGCUGUUCAGGAGACACCUGUUUCUGGUGCUCCGCCGCUGAGGGGUGAAGCGGUGCCUCCCCGCCGGGCUCUCAGAGAGGGGAAGUCCCAGUCUCUUAUUCUGCUGUCUGGAUCAGCAGCAGCAGCAGGGUCUACUAAUGCCAGAAACACUGCAAAGAAACAAUUCGAAGGCCAACAUAGCUUUGAACAGAAACUCCAUCUCAUGCUUCAACGUAUUGGAGUUUCCAAAGCCCAGCCAGGAGAGACACAGAAUCAGGAGGGAGAGAUGAAAAAGGCAGAAUCUGAAGGUACUAUCAUUGACAGUAAACCUGAACCACCCCCAACUUUCACAAAACCCAGAACGAUGUCAGCGUCAUCAGAUACAAGGCAUCAAAUUCGACCAAGUGUGUCAGCACACGAGUCAGCCGGGAAACCUGCUUUGCUUCCAAAGCCAGUUAUAAAGCCAGGUCCGCCCCCUACAACAUCUGGCCGCAACACACCUGAGAACGAGCUAGCCCAAAUACAAGAAGGGGAGACGAACACGCCCACUAAACUCAGUCCAACUGCAGCUCCGUCUGCCCUCAGUGCUACCACUACUCCCACUGUACCGACAAUCUCAGACUCAGUCCCUGACUCAACUAAUGUUACUACUUCCCCUUCAAGUACUGUAACUCCCUCUGACACAGAUAUAUGCACUGACUCUGUUGACGCUACUGCAGCAGCUACAACACCCACGAAUGUUACAGAGCUUGACAGAAAAGCUUCCGUCUCCGAAGCUAGUGCUACUACCGCCGAACUACCCACCCCGACCUUCCUGACAACCCUGACAAGCACCACCACACCCACAGAGCCCCCUGCCCCUGUCUCAGUUACUUCCACUCUCUCUGAGUCCAUUACUCCGAGUCUCUCUGUCACUUCCAGCUCAACAACAACAAUAACUUCCAUUACCACCUCGGAAGCUGUUUCUGCUCCCAGCAAUGAAAGCUCGGUUUCCACAGUGUCAACAAAUCUGUCAACUAAAUUGACUUUGCCAGAGUCAAAUGGUUUUCUCUCAGUUGGUAGUGGUGCAGCUAUUUCUGUCAUCACCACUGUAGGCACCAGCGUGUCCGAUACACCAUCAGACUCCUCUACCAGUUCAGUUACUGUAGCUAGUGAUGAUUUCACUUCAGUCUCUGCCACCUCCACUAUCUCUGUAACUUCAGUUUCGUCAGUUACUAAAACUACAUCCCUGCCUCCUAACUCAAGUGAUACCAUUACAACUCCAGUUUCACCUGACACCCCUGUUACCAGUUCCUCCACCAUUGUUUCUCCUGCCCUUCCUUCCACUAGCGCCACCUCUUCCACCACCGCUACCAGCCCAACAUCCACCGACUGCAUUAACUCUACUUCCGCCAUUACUCACCCAGCCAUCCCUAGCCCCGCUGACAUCUCCGUCCCCUCCACUUCUUCCAGUGAAACAAACCCCACAGAUACCACCACCACCACCAACGCCAGUUUAACAACAGCAGCUGCAGUUAGCUCCCCACUCAUGACUGACUCAGACCUGCCUGACCCUAACAACGACAGCGCUACCCUCACACCAACUAUCUCUAGCCUCCCUGCUACUGAUAACUCAAGUGCUACUUCUCACCAUUUGACCAGUGCAGCGCCCUCUAAUGAUAGUCCAGGCCAAGAUAAUGAUUUACAGACACAUCCUGAAGAAAGAUCCAGUCUGGAGCCUGCAGUAAAGGGUACAGCAGAUGAGGAGCUUGAGGUGGUUCAAAAGAGCAAGCAAACUGAGAAAAAUGAAAGCAAGACAGUCAUCGACGGUGAGAAGGAGAGUGAGAAUUAUAACGAGAAACCAGCUGAAGUCAACAGCGAAGUGACAAAGAAAGUAGUGCAGGAAGAAAGCGUGAAACCUGAAGAAGUCACAGUGACAACAGAAGUGGGGACGGCUCAACCUGCAUCAGGGAAGGAGGGUUUACUGUUUAGCAACGAGGAAGCGAUAAAGGGUCAGAAUCAAGAAGAAACUAAGGCAGUGGACGAGAAGUAAUUCAGAAAUCAAGAAAUUGCUAAAUAUGGGACCAACUACUGUGACGGGGGCAGGAGAGGCCACAGUAAAGGGUAAAAGGGGCGGAGGGUGGGGAGGGCAAGGGGAGGGGGGGGACGAUCCAUGGCACUUCCUACAGGGACCACCACAUUACAGCAGCACACCACAAAGGGUGGGCCACUGGACCAAAGAACUGAGAUCCCCUUGGUGUGAUGUAAUCAACAAAUCCAGCAGUGUCUUUGUCCUUUUUUAACUUCUGUUUGAAUUUUGCAUUGCACGUAUGAUUAUGUACCAUAAGACAACUACUGUGGUAAAAUACACCAUGUUUACAAUAGAUGGAUAAGAGACAUAGUUAUGACUAUUAAAUGGAAUAUUGAAUUGA